GUACGGUGCGGUUGCGUCUCUGCGGUCAGUGUCUGCAAAAGUAGUGUUCUCGGAGUGUAAAACCGAAUAUUUACAGUGAUUUAUUGUUUAUUAGAAUCUCAAAAACAAGUGAUAUUUUGUAGCUUUCGAUUUCAUCGCGUGCUAGUUUUUCGGCUCUUGUAUACGUUCCGCGUCGAACCUCGAAGUAGAUUUGUCUAAGCUGUGCUUGCAAUUAAAAUGUGUGAAAUUUCAACGCAAAAUUACAGCAACAGCUGCUAGUAGUGAGUAAGCAUUGUGUUUUUGACGUCGUCAUCGUUGUGAGAAAUAUAUAUUUAAAAGUGCGUUUUGCUUAUGCAGCAGCCAUGUAAAGAUAAGAUAAAGCCAGCAGUGUUGCAGCAUAUUUAUGUGCGUUGAUCUCCCCGAAAAUCUGUUCAACCAAACUUGGCAGUGAAUCAAAAUAGUGUGCUGUAUGCAAAAGAUAGCAAGUGGGUUCAAUAACCAGCUUCGAGAACCAGGAAGUGACGGGAGAAGUUUCUUCGUGUGUCUGCUGCUACUGUGCCAACAUUGACGGGCGCACCUGCUGCUGUUGCUGCGGUUGGGAGGCGUUUUUGGCAUUUCGCCUGUGUACCCCGCUUGGAAUCGUUCGACAGCUCUGGAAAUUUUACAUGAGUAAUCAAGUGAUCAGUCUUCGAGUUGAGCAGCCGAUUUCUUACCGCGAAUCACAGCGUGGUGAGAGGAAACGACUGCAGAAAGCCACCGAAUAAUUAACCCACGAAUUGGGUCUGGGAAAAUCGAACACGACACCGAAUGGCGAAAAAAUGUUCAAUGGAGCGGUGAUGCUGCUCAGACACGUGCACACAUCAGCUAAUUUGGGUUCGCCAGAGGGUAACCGGAGGUAGGCCCCCGUCAGCAGAAACUGCCAGAAACGAUGACGGAGGAAGAACUGAUCGAAAAACGAAACCUGCUGGAGCGUGCGAAUGACGAACGGGAAGCAAUUUUCAAACGAUACGACCGGGGGAGAAAGAACAUAGACAUCGAUGCGUGGGACGAUCCGGCCUUCGAAAUCUACACGCAAGCCGAUCGGUAUGGCUUUUUGCAACCGGAAAAGGAGCAGAAGUUUCGGGACGAUCUGGAGGUGGCACGACGAAAACAGAUCGAAGUGGAACGGACGAAAAAAUGGCUCAAGAUGAGAGAUAAAUGGAGUACCGCGGAAACUAAGGAACGACUACAACGGAGAGUCAUGAAAGGUAUUCCGGAUCGGUUGAGAGCGGCUAUCUGGAAGCUGUUCCUUAAUCUUGAUCAAACGUUAAGGGAAAAUGUCGGCGUGUAUGAUAAGAUGUUGAAGUUCGCGCGGCAAUACAGUCCCGACAUUCGGCAGAUAGAUUUCGACGUGAAUAGGCAGUUUCGCAACCAUAUAAACUAUCGUGAGCGGUACAGUGUGAAACAGCAGAGCUUGUUUCGGGUACUGGCUGCGUAUAGUAUGUACAACAUGGAGGUUGGAUAUUGCCAAGGCAUGUCGACGGUUGCCGGCGUGCUACUGAUGUACUUUGACGAGGAAGAUACGUUCUGGGCGUUGAACGCGUUGCUCUCCAAUGAACGCUAUGCCAUGCACGGGCUGUAUGUGGAAGGUUUCCCCAAGUUGAUGCGGUUCCUGCAACAUCAUGACAAAAUCUUGACGAAAUGUAUGCCAAAAGUAAAGAAGCAUUUAGACAAACACGGAGUAGAUUCCGUGCUGUACUCGUUGAAGUGGUUUUUCGUUAUCUUCAUUGAAAGGAUACCGUUCAGUCUGUGCCUACGAGUAUGGGACAUCUAUAUGCUGUACGGCGAGCGUGUUCUUACGGCAAUGGCCUACACCAUUCUCAAGAUUCACAAGGUAAAGCUACUUCGAAUGAAGGACAUGGAUCAGAUCACCGAGUUCCUGCAGACGAUACUGUACAAAAGUUUCGGCUACGAUGACGAUACUGUGAUAAAGACGCUCCAGCUCUCAAUGCUUGAGCUGAAGAAACUAAACCUGGACAAGCUGCCGCCUGCCCCGGACAACGAGUUCCCCAAGGUUCCGUUUGGGCAGUUCAUCGAGCCUAGUUUAGAUGCCAAGAUCGGACACCGGAACGAGAAGUUCACCGAACGAGAGACAGAAUUGAAGGAAACGGUACUGUACCGAAGCGAGUCGAAGAAUGAUGAAGAUGACGAGGAGGGAAACCACGUGGGUCAGAAUGGCCAUCGCAAUGCGGACGGUGACGAUGACGAUCGAACCGAGCGGGACUGUGAUGAUAUCACCGAGGAGGACGAUGCUUACAGUAAUCUCAAUACAGACUACGACGAUGGCAGCAUAACGAAGUAUUCGCUGACCGGUACGUCGGUUACCUCCACCAACGAUGUCAGUAUUACUUCCUACGAGCGUACCUGUGAUAUCUUCCGUUUGCAGCAGAAUGGCGGAGGCAGCACUGCCGCCAUUCUGGGCAGUGCCGGGCUGGUGGACGACAGCGUCAGCAUUAUAUCGCUGCAGACCUUGGACGGGGUUGGUGAUCUGCAGCGGUCGGGUGAACAGUCUAUCGUCGUUGUAGUGAAUGAUCAACCUGAAGGAGACUGUGUCGCCAACAAUGGCGAGGAAGACGACGACGAUGAUGAUGACAUCACUGAAAAGCAGCUUUCUUCCUAAGGAUGCUUUGAAAGGCCACUACAUGAUCAAGAAGAAGAUUGUAGCGACAAUCAACCGUCCCAAUAUCAGAGCAAAAUAAAAACUGCCAGCCAAACGCCUCACAUUUUUGAAAGAAUUAAGUCAAUAGCAAUAAUAAUCAUUCAUUAAACAUGAACGUGUUUUUUGAACACUCGCAGGAUCCUUGCCAGUUGUUUACCAAGUAUCAGAAACGUGUAUGAUAAGAAAAUAAUCGUAAGUAUGUUUUUUUCUGUAACAGAAAUCGUGGAAUUGUGUGUAUUAAGAUUUUAUUGCGUUAGAUUAUUUUGUUACAAAAUUAUGGAAAUGUGUUGUGGUUGAUUGGAUGUGAAUGCUCAUUUUUCACUUUAAAAAGAAAUAAAAUAUACUUAAAUACAAUGUACUUAAAAAACAACA